CCUCUUUGAUCUGAUACACGCACCAUGGCUCAGCUCGCUACGUUCAAGAUCCCCGUCAUCAACAACGAGCCUAUGCGCUCGUAUGCCCCCGGCUCUGCCGACCGCAAGGGCCUCGAGGAGGCGCUCAAGCGUGUCGGCGCCGGCGCACCUUAUGACGUCCCCGCCGUUGUCAACGGCAAGGAGAUCCGCUCGGGCGACAAGCAGGGCCAGCCUAUGCCCCACGACCACGCCAAGAACCUUUCCGAGUUCCACGCCGCCACCCCCGAGACCGUGGCCCAGGCGAUUGACGGCGCGCUUGCCGCCAAGCGCGAGUGGGAGGAUAUGCCAUGGGCUGACCGCGCCGCCAUCUUCCUCAAGGCCGCCGACCUCAUCUCGGGCAAGUACCGCUUUGACAUCAUGGCUGCUACUAUGCUCGGGCAGGGAAAGAACGCCUGGCAGGCCGAGAUCGACGCUGCUGCCGAGCUCGCCGACUUCCUUCGCUUCUCGGUCAAGUUUGUUGAGGAGCUCUACACCCAGCAGCCCGCCCGCAACUCGGACGGUGUCUGGAACCGCACCGAGUUCCGCCCUCUCGAGGGCUUUGUCCUCGCCGUGACCCCCUUCAACUUCACCGCUAUCGGCGGCAACCUCGUUGUCGCGCCCGCCAUUGUCGGCAACGUUGUCGUUUGGAAGCCCGCCCCGGCCGCCAACUACUCGAGCUACCUCGUCUACAAGGUCCUCGUCGAGGCCGGUCUCCCUGCUGGGGUCAUUCAGUUCGUCCCCGGCUCGCCUCCCGACAUUGUCAAGCAGUGCAUCGACCACAAGCAGUUUGCCGGUCUCCACUUCACUGGCUCGACCCACGUGUUCCGCAAGCUCUGGAAGGACAUUGCCAACAACCUCGACAUCUACCGUGGCUACCCCCGUAUCGUCGGUGAGACCGGCGGCAAGAACUUCCACCUCUACCACCCCUCCGCCGACAUCAAGCCUGGUGUCAUUCAGGCUAUCCGCGCCGCUUUCGAGUACUCGGGCCAGAAGUGCUCGGCCCUCGCACGCUGCUAUGUUCCUCGCUCGCUCUGGGAGGGUGGCUUCCAGGAGGAGCUCGUCAAGCAGGCCGGCUCGAUCACCAUCGGCCCCUGCACCGAGUUCCAGCACUUUACUGGUCCCGUCAUCGGCCGCCCCGCCUUUGACCGCAUCACCGGUAUGAUUGAGAAGGCCAAGCAGGCGGGCGGUGAGGUUAUUGUCGGUGGCACCGCCGACGACUCGAAGGGCUACUUUGUCCAGCCUACCGUUAUCGUUACCAAGGACCCCAAGUCUAUCACCAUGACUGAGGAAAUCUUCGGUCCCGUCAUGACUGUUUACGUGUUCGAGGACGCCGACUGGGACAAGACCAUCGAGUUGAUUGACACGACCACCGAGUACGGCCUUACUGGUGCCCUCUUCGGCCGUGACCGCCUGGCACUGGCCAAGGCCUCGGCCCAGCUCCGCAACGCCGCCGGCAACUACUACAUCAACUCGAAGUGCACUGGUGCCGUUGUUGGCCAGCAGCCCUUCGGAGGAGCACGCGCUUCGGGCACGAACGACAAGUCUGGCUCGAUUUCCAUCUUCUACCGCUUCAUUUCAGCUCGCUCGAUCAUGGAGAACUUUGUCGACCCGACCGAGUUCCAGUACCCGUCCAACCUUGUGUAAUAGCACUUUUCAUAGCAUAGUUUUGGCAUGUAACAUAGGUCAUUUGGG